AUGGACAAUGUCUUCUUUCCGAGCAUGGCCGUCUCUGAUGUUGCCCCAUCUGACAAUGCUGGCACUGAUCCUCCGCUAAAGUACACCGGCGUCGACGGACAGCUCCCUUCCGACAGCCUAUUUUCCGAUCCUUUUGCCAGUAACACUACAGAUUGGGACUCUUAUAUCAGAGAUUUUGGAGGCGAUGAUGCUUUUCAAGAUACCGGUAGCUUCAACACGUCUCUUCUGUCAACGUCUCCAGUGGCGUCGGCGUCCCUUCGCAACACUCCCGACACUGUCAUUAGCAACGUAUGCAUGAAUACCACCGGUGCCGGAGAAGGUUUUGACGAGAGAAAUAUGGCGGCCGAACAUAAUAUCAAUACCACCAACAUGCCAGAACCUUCUUCUCACCAACAACCAACAACGUUUACUACUAUUACGGAUCUAGCCGCGAAUGACUAUAACCAAACGACCAGCAACUCGGCGUCAUAUCCUGCCACGACGACAGGCCAGGCCACAGGUAUGGCGGCUGGCACCGUAGUGUGCUCUGCUGCUACACUAGGCGCUCCUCAAACCGAGCCGGCACUGGUCAUGAAUGCCUCUCCCCGACGCCGCGUCUCUCGCCUUCCUCCAGACAUUGGUGCGGAUGGCCAAAUCAAGUAUCUCGAGCCACACGAAAUACCACAAACCCCGGUCGAGGGAAGGCAGUACUCUGUCCAGCAUGGUGCACAAAAUAAUCUAGCUCUGCCCCCAGAGUUGGAAAAACACUUGUAUCAUCUUCCGGGGCAAGAGUACACCCAGCAGCAACAGCAGGUUCCGCAGCGCAUGCCCGCACAGCCUAUGCAGUCACAGCCUAUGCAGUCACAGCCUAUGCAGUCACAACCUAUGCAGUCACAGCCUAUGUCUUUUCAGCAGAUUCAACAAAUGCCAGGCCCUCCAACAUUGCAGAGCUCUCAGCGACCGCAGCACUUUCAGCAGCCCCAGCAUGCCUCGGAGCCUCAAAACUAUUCAAACCAAAGAUUCUAUGUUCAAAAUCCAGACUUUAUCCAGAAUGCUCAGCAUGCUCAGCACCCUCAGCAACAAUCUCAGCACCCUCAGCACCCUCAGCACCCUCAAUACUUUCAAAACCAUCAGAACCCUCAGUACCUUCAACAUGGCAAUUUCCCGUCGCGUCAGCAACAUUCGAUGGACCCGCGCCGAAUUCCACAGCAAACGAUGGGCCAGGAUCCUCGCCAGUUUUCUAACAUGAAUAGUUUCCAGCCUGGUAUGCACGCACCGCGUCCAGCUACUCAGCAAUCACAGCAAUCUAUGGCACCUGCUCAUGGCCGACUACAGAUUCAGACGCACCCGCUGACCCCAGGCCAAGUACAAAUGAAGACGCUACCAAUGAUUCCAGGUCAACUACAAACGCAGACGCACCCAAUGACCCCAGGCCAUAGUCGAGAGGCCUACUACACUGCAGAAGGGUAUCGGUCUUCCUCAACUCGCGCAGAAAAGCCUCCCACAACCAAUGGUAACGAGUUUCUGAGAGGUCGAGAUUUCCGCCCCGUAUGGAGCGUCGGCGAGAUAAAUACAAAUUGGCUAGAUACCAGCCCUAACACUGUCGAGCCGCACGUCAAGCCAUUCCUCAAGAAGGACAUCAAGCUCGGCAUGUCCUCACAGAAUGCAACAAAAGCCGCCAUUACGGAUGGAUUCGUGCGUGGUGCAGCAUGGGCCGCCAAGCUGUUCUUGACGCAAAUUGACAAGGAGAUGCGAGGAAGCGGCACGAUGCUUGGGUUCCGGCCACACAAGAAGGUUCAGAAGACCGAAUUGGAAAAGUCGGUUGUGGAGCACAUUGUGAGGAACAACCCACCAUCUAUCCACGGCGCUCAGUGUGCCAAUGUCAUUGCCUGGGCAUAUGACGAGUUUUACCCAGGCGUUUUCCGGCAGGAGGGCAGCAACGGACAGCUACGGGGUCCGAAAGAAAUUCUCGAGGCUUGGAAAACCCUCAGAGACAACGUUGAGCCGAAUCAUUUGAAGCCCGUCCUGUAUGAUACCAGCACGGGCCUAACUGUGAUGACGGACCUACAACCGUCUCGGCCACCCGUAGCCCAAGUGAGAACCGUGAUGACGCAAGGGGGACAAGUACCAGCUAUCAAAUUCUCCCAGUUCUCUGCCCCUGAUGCGACGAAUGGGCAUAUUGCAGUGAACAGCGGCGAAAACUUCUUCACCAACCCCCAGGUACCGGCGUCAAUGGCACUCCAGCAAACGAGACGGGCCGAGCCGGCGACUUCAAAGACCAUAGCCAAGCCCCCCGGUGCUAAAACGACUCCCAAGACGGCGGAAGAGAAGAAGGAGAAUCGAAAUCGCAAGGUGGACUCGAGACUCCAAUGGACGCUGACGGGACAAUCGCGCCCCGUCAAGCUUGAGCAGCUGGAAGGGGUAUCGUACUACUGUAGCGACGGACAAUUUCGCAUCUUGGAAGGCGAGAGGCUCCAACAAGCCAUGGAGAGAACUCAAGAGCAUCAGCGAAGACAAUCAGAAGCAAGAGCGAUGGCGGGAGACGCAGGUACAUCCAUGCACAGCACCGCUAACGAUAAAUCGACUCUGGCCGUUGCAACAGGUGUGCAACCUUCAAGCAGUGGGCCAAAAACCACUUCUGCCGAUGAUGAUCAAGUGCCACAAGCGAUGUAUGAGUCGAGUCUUUGCGAUGAAAUGACGGAUGUGGAAUCUCAGAACGACGAAGCAACAGCUACGUACUCUGUCGACGACUUUCAAACGCUACAAGCGAUCUCUCGAUUGGAUUCUAAUACUCGGCAUCAAGCGACAAACCGUGGUGAAGUGAGAAGAAAGAGGGUGCCAGAUGAGGAAUCGAUGCCAGCUGGGCGACGAAAGAGGGGACGACAAGAUGUGCAACAGGGACUUGAGGAGCAGAGAACCGGAAACGAGAUGCUACAUACCCCGCACAUGAUUAGUUACGCCGGUGAUUAA